AUGGCAAAGAUGAUUGAAACUCCCGUGCGCCAUGCAUUCAUGCGCAGUACUGAUAACAAUUUGCAACAAGAAUAUGGGGGGACGGAAAGGCCUACAGGGCGGUCUUCUUCUGAAGUUGGGGAGGCAAUCAAUCACCCAUCUCUAGGGGCAUUUUCUACUACCGCUGCCGACUUUGAUGAUACAAAGACACUUGAUCCACGACUGUCAACGGAUAGGACCCGUUCAAAGCUUGGUGUAGCUAUCCCUUAUCCAAUGGAAGACCAGCCUUCGUCGCCUCCAUCUUUGCCAUUCAUUGCUCCUCUGCACCUUCAAAAUACGGAAAACUAUGAGCAAUGGGUUGAGCGAGAGAGAGCAGAGGCGAUUGUAAAGAGACGGUCACUCAGUGAAAUGGAGCGAUUAAGUCCCAUGAAGAGGAGAUUGUAUUCUCCAUCUUGUGCAUCUGGAGUAGGCUCACCACCGCGAUACCAGCAGUAUAUCAACCCGGACAAGGAUUCAGAUAUUUGCAGUUCACAAUAUCUUCCGAAGUUGUUAGAUGAGCCUGAAUCGAACAUGGAGUGUUCUAGGAUUAGGAUGGGGAGGGCUCGAUCUAAUGCAACAGCAAGCACUACCUCCAGCAGCCAUGACAUUCCAGGAUUGACCUCAUCAAAGGGAAAGGAGGUUGCGGAUGCCACCGAAGCCGAUUUGGUGGAAGAUGUUUGGUUGGAUAAUUCCUACGAAGAGAACUUGGUUAGGUGGAAGGAGGAAUUUAAUGAGCUCAGAAAUCGAUUACAACCACAAUGCAGCGUUGCGUCAACAUUGACGGGUGCAUUCACCACGGUAUCAGAACCCGAGGAAUCGCUUGCUCAAAUUCUGACACGCCUCAAAACCGCUGGGGCUGCUGAAAGAACUGAAAAUGAGUCGUUUGAUCUAAUCGAUCAACAUAUCAAUUGUGUCAAUGUUGAGGCAGGUCAAACUCAUCGUGCCCGAUGCAGGAUGCCAACAAGCGACCCGGUAUUUGAUGACACACCAGAGUUUAUAUUUUCUCCGGACGGUCAAGCCCAGAUCAAUGCGGAACUCGAGGAACUUCGGAAAGAGGCACUUACGUACCAGAGCGUGCGUGGUGUAUGCACUAGUCCUCAACUAGGUUCUCCAAAUACGCAGCGCAUUCGGUAUGACCCUGAUAAAAUUAACUACGGUACCUUCGAAUACGUUCCUUUCAAUAUCAACACGACCUCAGGCUCUACGGCACCUAAGAUGUCCGUGACAAUUCCAGAGACACGAGUUGGAAAUAUCACGAUCCAGUCAAGGCCUCCUGUACUGGUGCCAAAGCCAAAGAGAAAACGGACAAAACCAUUUAACAAAGCUUUUGACUGGAUAUAUGAGAAACUCAUGAACCUUGGCCAAAGCGUCGUCGUGGUUCGAGAGAAACGUUGGCACAUUCCUACCCAGAGGUUCGUUCCUCGUGGCUCAUCGUUGCCUAGUUAG